UUGACUGUUUAGUGCUUAUUAUAUUAUUGUUUUAAUAGGCAUACACGCGUUCGAUACAAGUUUUCAAAAUCGCUUGAAAUUCUGGUUUUUAAAUUGUAUUUACGAUUUCAACAUGACCACAUUUUUAGAACUUUGCCGUAAAUAUUUCAACACUGACAAUCUAUACGAGGUGUUGAAUACGAGAAAAGAUGCUACGGAUAAAGAAGGUUAGAUAUUGUGCAAUGAAAACUUAAAGCUACACCUACAUAUACAUAUUUUAAUUUUAUUUGUUAAUCGUUGUGGUUUGUUUUAUUUCGCGGAGCGUAUUAUGUGUUGUCGAUGAAAUAUCAUCCUGACAAAGUAACUGAAAACGAAAAAACUGGUGCUAUUGAAAAAUUUAAAGUCAUCAGUCGAAUUCAUGCGCUGCUAAACGAUGCUGAGAAAAGAAAGCUUUACGAUGAUGCUGGAUGUGUUGGUGAUGAUAUUGACCACAAUUCUAUUACAGAAGAUUUCCCUUGGGAAACCUAUUGGAGUUCAUUUUUUAGAAAGAUAACUGACAACGAAAUCAGAGAUUAUGAAUUAAAGUAUAAAGGUUCUGAUGAUGAAAAAAGAAAUCUUAAAAAAGGAUAUUUAGCAGAGAAAGGAGAUAUGGAAUUUAUUAUAAACAUGGUUCCAUUUAGUUCAGUUUAUGAGGAA